CUGAAAGCAAACAACUUCAACUUCACCACUUUACAUCACAUCCCUUCACUUCACAUUGCAUUGCAUUCAACACCAACUCUUGUCAAAUCCAACACAAUACAAUACAGAAACAAUGGCUGUCCCUCCCAAGUUCGCCGGCCACAAGCUCGAGUUCGCCCCGCCAACAGCUUCAUCCUCCUCCGUGCCGCGCGCAACUCACACCUUUGAGCUCUUCGUCGACUACUGCUGCCCCUUUUCCGCUCGCAUCUUCAACACGCUCACCACCCAAGUCUUCCCCGUCGUGCGCGAGACCCCCGCCUGGGCCAGCAGCCUCACCGUCGUCUUCCGCCAGCAGGUGCAGCCGUGGCACCCGUCGUCGACGCUGAUGCACGAGGCGGGCCUCGCCGUCCUGCGCCUGGCCCCGGACAAGUUCUGGGCCUUUAGCGGCGAGCUGUUUGCCGUGCAGAAGGACUUUUUCGACGUCAGCGUCGUCAACGAGACGCGCAACCAGACGUACCGCCGCCUGGCAAAGGUGGCCGCAAAGGUCGGCGUCAGUGAGGAGGAGGUCUACAAGCUGCUGGUCAUUCCCGACAAGGCCGGCGAGGAUGGCUCCCUGAACAUCGGCAAUGCCGUUACCAACGACCUCAAGGUUGUCACCAAGAUGAACCGCCUAGUGGGCGUCCAUGUCACUCCGACUGUUGUUUUCGACGGUGUUGUUCAGGAUACCAGUUCCGGCUGGACCGUGGACCAGUGGAAGGAGUUUUUCACUAAGAACAUUGCGUAGAUGGACGUGAGAGGGAAGAUGGAUAAGCUACUUCUGCAGCUUUAGCAAUUGAAAAAUGAAGUCAAUUAGUGUUUGUGCUCG